AUGGAGGGCAUGGACCUGGACCUGGACCAGGAGCUUAUGCAGAAAUUCAGCUGCAUGGGCACAACAGACAAAGAUAUUCUAAUAUCGGAAUUUCAGAGGCUGCUCGGGUUUCAACUAAACCCCGCCGGAUGCGCCUUCUUUCUGGACAUGACCAACUGGAAUUUACAGGCUGCUAUCGGAGCUUACUAUGACUUUGAAAGUCCCAACAUCAGUGCACCGUGCAUGUCCUUCGUGAAGGACGUGACGAUUGGUGAAGGUGAAUCCGUUCCACCUGACACACCUUUCACAAAGACCUGGAGGAUACAGAACACCGGUUCAGAGUCAUGGCCGCCCGGGGUAUGUCUGAAGUAUGUAGGAGGAGACCAGUUUGGUCAUGUGAACAUGGUAAUGGUGCACUCUCUAGAUCCUCAAGAUAUGACUGACGUCAGUGUUCAGAUGCACAGCCCCGUGGCUCCUGGGAUGUACCAGGGUCAGUGGAGAAUGUGCACCGCAACAGGACUUUAUUAUGGGGAUGUCAUUUGGGUGAUCCUGAGUGUGGAGGUUGGAGGCCUGCUUGGCGUCACACAGCAGCUUUCUUCUUUCCAAGCCGAGUUCAACACCCAGCCUCAUCGCAGCCUGGAAGGAGACUACAACCCUUUCGCGUCACCAGAGAAGAACAAGUGCCCCAAUAGCAACAACAACCACUUCCACGGUGACAGCACCCACAGAGUGGCAGAGGAACAUUGGCAGGGAGGCCCACACCAGCUGCAGCAAGACCAGAAUGGACUUUCACACAACUCUGUGGAUCUAGUAGCAAACAGUCUACAAAGCAAUCUAUCAGUAGUCUCUUGUAACCAGAUACAGGAGCCCUCUCCCUUUGGGCACUCUUAG